CGGUGUAUGCUGGUAUUCUUCAGCCGCCACUGUUUUCGUUAAUCUUUCCAGAUUAUUUCAACUAUGCCGCCAUCGGUUCAAUAAUUGGACAUGAGAUCGUACACGCAUUUGACAAAAGCGGAAGCUUGCUAGAUGCAGACGGCAAUCCUAGAAACUGGUGGGACGACGAUGACAAAGCCGAGUACCUUAACAAGACGCAGUGCUUUAUCGAUCAGUACUCGGGGUUCUACCUUGAAGAAGUUAACAUGACGAUCAAUGGAACUCUAACAGUUGGAGAAACACUGGCCGAUGCAGUUGGGCUCAAGAUGAGUUAUAGUGCCUACAAAGAGGAGGAGAAAAGGAAAGGAAGACAACCCACUCUUCCAGGACUCGACCUAAACCAGGACCAGCUGUUCUUUCUCUCCUUAGCUCAGGUAUGGUGUGCCAAAGAAGCACCGUUAUUUGUCAAAUAUGUUGUGCUAUAUGACAAUCAUCCUCCGGGAAAAUUCAGGUUGAUUGGGCCAUUACAAAAUUCAGAAGACUUUGCCAAAGCCUACAACUGCCCACGUGGCUCUUACAUGAACCCAGAAAAGAAAUGCAGCAUGUGGUAG